GUGAUUGGCUGGGCUCUCUUAUAUUCGCGCUGUCAUUGGCUGGCAGGCGGCCCGAGGGCGGAGGGAGGGAGAUUUAGUCUAUCUCCGGCCCAACCGGGGGUCAUUUUGUCUGGGGUCUCAGCUCUCGCUGAGGGCUUCUGAGGACCGGCGGCGCUCUAGGAUAUGAAAUAUGGAAAGUCCAGACAGAAAAAGACGGAAGGUUUUAAAGGCCAAGAAGACAAUGCCUACAAGUUGCCGGAAGCAGAUGGAGAUCCUGAACCAGUCAAAGAAUGUUGAAGCUCCAAAAACAACAGUUGUGACUAAUAUUCCAAAUGGUAACCAGAGUUUAGGUACUGGGUUUAUAGCUAGCCAUAAUCAGAAGAUGUUUUCAGAAAACAAAGAAAAUGUUAAGGUCAUGAAAACUUCAGAGCAAAUUAAUGAAAAUGCUUGUGAGGCUCUGGAAAGGCAUACAGCACUGCUAGAACAGGUUAAACAUUGGAUUCGACAGGAAAUCUGCACGAUAAACUGUAAUUUAUUUGAUAAAAAACUGAAUGAAUUGAAUGAACGCAUUGGGAAGACCCAGUGCAGAAGUAAGCAUGAAGCAAUAGCUGGUGAACUCUUUAUAAAAAUAAGAAGACUUCAAAAACGUAUCAAAACCGUAUUAUCAUCUCAAGGAAAUUGUUUGGAACCAAACACAUUACCCAGUAACACAGUUUGUAAGGUUACAGAUUCUGUGAAUUUGAGUGUGACCCAAAGGUCAGUUAAAAGUCAAAGUAAAAGAAUGUCUUCUGUGAACCAUACGCCUUUUAACUCUUCAGAAAAAGCAAGUAGAAAGAUUAAUUUGCCAUCAGCUUGUGUUGAGUUUGUUUCUGAAAGUAACGAUGAUGUUAUGUUGAUUUCUGUGGAAAAUCCUAAUUUGACAACUCCAAUUGCAUCAGAUCCAACAGAAAUUAGAAAAAAUACAUCAAGAAAUGUCAGCAGUUCUCCUAAUGCCAGGAGUGAAGUUGUGCCUGUAGAGAAGAAAUUUGACUUUGUUAUUGACCUGACAAGAGAAGGCCUGUCCAGCUACAGCAUAGAAAGCCCAUCCUUCACCCUGAAGUCAACUUCGAAAGCUGUUUUAAGAUCAAAAGAAAUAAUCCCAGUGGCAGAAAAUGGAAAUGAGGAGUAAUAACCAUUGUUGAUGAGGCUGUUGGAGAAUUACUGCAGUAUUUGGAAGCAGAAUGUUGAAAUGAGAUGGUUUGUUCUCCAGAAUGCCUAAGACAUCCUUCAUUAUGUUUUAGUAAUAUUCCACAAUGUAGAAAUCAUUCUUGUAGCUGCUUGGAAUGUGGCUCAGAGGUAGAACAUUUACCCAGCAUGUGCAAGGUACUGUGUCCAGUUCCUAGGAUCAUUCAAAGCAAAACAAAUCUCAACCACAAAAGAACCUUCUGUUUUGAAAAUAUUUGGUCUAGAGGCCAGGAGGUGGCUCAGUCAUUAAGGAAGACCGGAGUUUGAUCCUACAACCCAUGUUUAAAAACUAGAGAAGCCAAACUAGGUGGCGCUCGUUUGUAAUCCCAGAGCUGGGAAGGCAGAAACAAGUGGAUUGCGGGAAUUUGCUUUCCAGUCAGAGUAGCUUAAUGCAGGAGACCCAGGACCCAGCGAGAGUUCCUAUCUCACAAAAGCCAUAUGGAUGGUUCCUGAGGAGUAGAUUAUGUGAGGUUGUCCUCUCUGUAGUGUGAAUACACUGACCAGCAUGCACAUACACACACAUACCACAAAACAUGAGUCUAGCCUCGUUGUUUGAAAUUUUAUUGCUUUGUUGAAGAUUUGAAGAAUUAGAAGUAGAUUUGUAGGCCUAAGCUUGACCACUUUUGUCUGUACUCACCAAGUGAUCUCAAUGAACUUUCUUAAAAAUGUGUUUGUAGGGUUUUGGUUCAUUUGAACACCUUCCACCUCUCCCAGAGCCACCAGCACCACUCCCUGAGAUGGCAGACAAAAUCCAAGACACACUUCCUCCCCAAAAGCCUGAGCUGAAAGUGAAGCAAGUCCUGAGGCCCUCAAGCAUUGCCCUGACAUGGAACAUUCCCAAGGUCAACCCCAAGUGCGCUCCUGUGGAGAGUUACCACCUCUUCCUGUACUAUGAGGGCUCCAAUCAUUUGACUUGGAAGAAAGUUGCAGAAAUUAAAGCUUUACCACUCCCAAUGGCUUGCACUUUAUCUCAAAUGUUAGCUUCUACCAAAUAUUAUUUUGCUGUCCAAUCAAAAGACAUUUUUGGACGAUAUGGACCAUUUUGUAAUAUCAAGUGUAUUCCUGGGUUUUCUGAAAACCUUACCUAAAAGUCCUCAGUGAUUUUGUGUUGUCUACAUACUAUGUUUUCAUAUAUGAAUGUUUUGUUUGCAGUGCCUAACCCUGUGCAUUGUAAUAUCUAUCCUGUGUUGCAGUUGUGAACCCUUUGGGGACAGCCUUAAAUGUGUUAUAAUCGUCUUGGAACUGUGUGUGUUUCUAGUGUGCAUUCAGUAUGUACUUCUGUGGUGUCCAGGUUGCCACUGUCUAUUUCUAUGGUGGUUAUGGAAUUGCUGCUGUGUCUGAAACCCUCAGGUACAAGCAGCCACUUUUCCCAUCCUUGACAAUCAGCUAAAAGCAAAACCAACCAUUCGCAAAGGUAGGUGACCCUGGAUGCAUCCCUGCCGCAUGUAGUAUACAGAAAUUCUUUCUGUUGGUGUCUAAUGCAGCUAUUGGUUUGUACCCUUCGUUUUUGUCUUUAUUUGGCUGGCAGUCAUUUGAGAGAAAUAGCUUGGAGGUUUUGCCUAAACAGUACACUUUGUUAGAUCAGGCAAUGUGGGACAGCUUCUAAUGUCAGCACUUGGAAGGCAAAGGCAGAUAGAUCUCUUGAGUUCAGGACCAGCUUGGUCUACAGAGAAAGUUCCAGUCCAGCCAGAGCUAAACUGUUUAAAAAAAAAUCCCAAUAAAGCUUCAAUCCCAAUAAAGCUAACAAUGGUUUUGUUAGACUUUGUUCUAACUUUUUUAUUAGAACAUGGAAACGCACAGUGCUUCCUUUAAAAAAAAAUCAUUCAACCAGCUAUUUCAGUCAUAGAGUUCAUUUAGAUUUGAGGCUUUAAUUUGCUGAUUCUUAAUUUCUCUAAAUACCUCCCUUUGCCAAUUUCCUGGUUUCUGUUAGAACUUGGAGAAUAUAACACUAAAGGCUCUAAUAGAAGAGCCCUAUUCACGCCUUGCACUGAAGCCGUUCAGGAGAGACCUGAGAUGCUUACGUCACUACCCAAAAGAAACAGACUAGAUCGCUAAAAACUGGGGUGUUAAAAGGCAACACUGUAGCAUGGUUUUCAAGUGGGGUACUCAUCUGGUAUACAGUGGAGUUCUGAGAUAUGAUCAGGAAACGGUUGCACUUAGUAUUUGAGAUGACUCCAUCUUCACCAAUAAACCUGUUACUUUUUAA